UCUCGCGUCCGAAGGAUGGUGUUGUGUUAGAGGCAGUGGGGAGAAGGGUGAGGGGUAUCCACAAAGAUGUUGCGUGAUUUUUGGGAAAUUUAUUUAUUUAAAUAAAAAUGGCCGCCGCAGAGAGCGGAGAGGAGAGACUAGGUGAGGACAAGAAUGAAGACCAGGAGGGCUCAAAAGACAAGACGCAGAAGCAGAAGAAAAACAAAAGGGAACGGCAAGAUGUGGAAAAACUCGAGGCCACAGUGUCCGUUCCUCCACCCCCGCCUCUUCUUACGCAGGGGGAUGUUGGACAACAGACAGAAGCAGGGAAGUCUGAACCCAUUGACCCUGAAGUUGGAGCUGCUCUCAGCGCUCCAGAAUCUUCCGCAUCAGCCAAGCAGCGGCGUUCCAUCAUUCGGGACAGAGGCCCACUGUAUGACGACCCUUCACUGCCUCAAGGUUGGACGCGGAAGCUGAAACAGCGCAAGUCGGGGCGAUCCGCUGGAAAAUUUGAUGUCUACCUGAUCAACCCAGAAGGGAAAGCCUUCCGUUCCAAAGUGGAGCUCAUGGCGUACUUCCAAAAGGUGGGCGAUACCACCACAGAUCCCAAUGACUUUGACUUCACAGUCACAGGCCGAGGGAGCCCCUCUCGCAGAGAAAAGAGACCACCAAAGAAGCCUAAAGUGGUCAAACCUUCUGGUCGAGGGAGGGGUCGACCCAAAGGCAGCGGCAAGGUACGGCAGACCACAGAAGGGGUGGCUGUGAAGCGUGUCGUUGAAAAGAGUCCAGGAAAACUCCUUGUAAAGAUGCCCUUUGUGGUCCCCAAAACUGAACCAGGGGCUCCAAUGGUGCAAGCCGUAGUUGCCAAAGUGCGCCGAGGGCGCAAGCGGAAAUCAGAACAGGAACCACCGAGCACCCCCAAAAAACGUGGCCGCAAGCCAGCAGCUGCUUCACAGUCAGCGGUGGGGAUGGGUUCAGCUGCUGCAUACACGGCCGCAGCCAUUCUCACCGCCGAGGCCAAGAAAAAAGCUCAGAAGGAGUCUUCCGUAAAGCCUGUUCAGGAGAGGGCACUUCCCAUCAAGAAACGCAAAACUCGAGAGACUUUAGAGGAGUUGGAAGGAUCCACCACCUCCACGACAGAGACGUUUGUUCCUGUGAUAGCAAAACGACUGACUGCAUCAACUGUGACCCCUACAGGGGAGGAGGUAGAAACGGGACAGAAGUCUCACAAGCAUCCCGGCCGGAAGCACAAAGAGGCGUCUACAGAUCCGGGGAACGGCAGUAGCAGCAGCAGCAGCAGCGGGACGGCAACCGGCGGCAGUGGCAGCGGACCGAAGAGUCACAAGAAGAGAGAUCAUCGAGGGCAGCACUUUAAACACCACCACCAUCAUCACCACCACCAACACCACCACCAUCUACAGGCCAUGCCGCCCUCCACCUACACUCCACAGGCUCACCAGCUCUCCUUGGGUCACUCCACACAAGGGGGGCCGCCUGUGACAACAGAAAACGAACCCCAGGACUUGAGCACCUCCAGGCCCAAAGUGGAACAUGUGGCCUUCCGGGAGGAAGCAAGAACUGAUAGCUCCUCGAGCAGGGACGCUCAGAACGCAAGCAAGAUGGCCUCCUCUGACCUGAGAGGGCAGCAGAAGACUGUGACGGGGGAUGGCAAGGAGCUGAGAGACAUUGUUCCUCCCUCCGCCGUUCCAAGGCCGAGCCGCGAGGAAACAGUCGAGUCCCGGACACCAGUGAGCGAGCCAGUGAGCUGACUGACUAAGUGAUGGAUCGGGUGCGGCUUUGCGUCCCGAAGAGUUGGAGGCGGUCGCAGCGGGACGAGUGAUUUUUCGUUCUUUUUUACUGAGGAAAAAAGAAAAAGGAAACAAAAAUAUACAAAAAUGUAAACGUACUUCUACAAAAGGCAGCUGUUGUGUCUCGUUCUCUCUGUGGGUUGGACACGGGGCGAUAAUUCUCUUGCUUCCGGAUGAAUUCUCUGCUAACCUUUUUCUUUACGGUUUCCUUUUAUUUCCCACUAUAUCUUUGUAUUAGUAUAUCUUAGCACUCACCUAAACCAGUUAUUCCUUUGUCAGAGCUUGUAGGAAGUAGGAAACACACUCAAGUGGUAAUGAAGUCACAUGCCAUAGUUAUCGUAAAGCGAAACUUUCCGGUCAAAGAUGCUCUCGAAAGUACUCAAAUGCAGCAUAGUCAUGUCAUCUCAACCCUAGAAAAAAGGUGUCCUAUUAGUGUGUUCUUCCUUUUGUGUCUGAAACGAAGGGGCAAAUCCGGCAAGCUGAAGAAAAAAGGGCCACAUUUUCGAUCUCCAUCUUUUCCAUUUGAGUCGGACGCAGCUGUUGCAGCAUCAUCACCUUUGAAAUAAGACGCUAGCUUAACUCUGACAGAAAAGAACUUCCUAGUUGUGGGUUUGUGCCAAGCUGAUAUUUCCAGCCUGUUGACCUGUAAAGAUAAAUUUAAUUUAAAAGCAGUAUUUCCUUUUUAAGUUGUUGGUAUUUUCAGUGCACAUGUCUAUUAAUUAUCUGUAGUUUGGUUAACCUAAUAAUCACCAGUUUCGGAGAUGCCUGAGAAAAUGCAACUAGAGCGGAAAGCUCUAUUUUUCAUUUUCUCUGGUGGGGAAGAUAAAGCACAAAUGUAUUUGUUAGGGAGCAUUGAAAGCACAGUCCAGUGUAGCAUCUUGAGUAGAUGUCAACUUGCGUAAAAGAAUACGAGAAAAGGAAUUUGUUAUGUUUACCUGCUUUUUUUUCCCAUGAAGUACAAUUUAAAUAGUGGGCUUGUGUUCUUACGACACAAAUCCCUACCAAAAAAAAAAAAAGCAUACAGUUUCAAAUGUAGCUUUUGGUUUUAUCAUGUGUGGUUCUAGACUUAUCCCAUAGAGCUGCUGUUCUAAAAACGAUUCUGUCGGAAAAGUUAAUAGAUGGCUAUAUUUAUAUAAUGUCUUGUCAGGCUGUAGUUGUGUCAAAUGCAUGGGUUCCUGAUGUUUGCGUGCUUUGCGUGCUAUUUAUUACAGUACUCUGACAUUGUCUUUCUUGUACAUAAAGGUUUAUAAAGCCAGGUUCAGCACUGAUGAUGAGGGUUAAUUGUUAUAGAUACAUAAAUAUUUUGAAUUAUGAGUAUUAUGAAACAUUACUUGGCAACAAAUGAAAGAAAACCUUGCAUACAUUGUACAACACCAUGCAAUCAUGAAUAGUUCUAUUAGUUUUCUAAAGUCUUCUUUCUCAAAAUGACAAAGCAUAUUUGCAAUCAGAAAGAAGGACACCAAAUCAUGGCUCCGUGCAAAAAGUUGUGAGAGAUUGAACGUACUAAAGAUGUCUUGGUAAUUAAUUUGAUUGUACCGUUGAGAUUAUCAAUUUCUGAAUUUCCUUAGGAUCAUGUUCUUUGUUGAUUAUGUAAAAUUAGGAUUUUACAGAAAAUAUACAGCGCUUUUUCCAUUUAAUUUUUGUUUCUUCUUCUAGAUGAAAUGCACCUUACUUUUAAAACACUUUCACAGAAUUGAAUAUUGAAAUUGUGAGAAGCAUACCAAUUUAUUUGCAUAUAUUUUUCUGGUUAGCUUUGCACAGACUGUCCGGAGGUUGUAACUUUCUUCAGAUGUGUGUCAGCAUCAUAGAAUGCAUGUUCAGUGUCGUUAUAAAGAUCCAUUCUUUUGUUUAGAUUUGCUUUCUCUGUGCAAAUACCCCAUAUUUACCAAAUUAUCACACAUAAAGGCUACAUUUGACUUACAGUAGUGUUGGGUCAGAUUCCAGCUUGUUAGGUCGAGUCGAGUUUAAGUCCUUAGUCAAUUGAGUUUGAGUGGGAAACCAUUAUUAAUGUAUUGUCAUCUUAUUUUUUUGUUGUUACUCUUUUUAACGUUCAUGUUAUACAUGAUGUGGAUUCAAUUGUACUCAGUAAAAAAAAGUCCUAAA